AACACAAUAAGGCAGCCCGUUCUGCGUCUAUGCCCGGGCUUUGUGGCUUCCCAGAAUGCCUUACGAGUGUCGCUUCUCUUCCGGUUUUGGUCUGAACUGUGGCGGAGCUUCAGGUGAGCUUUCCAUCUCUCGAUCCGGUUCCAUCCUUCCCGAGGGAUGCCCCAGAGCAGCGAAUGGCCGGCGCAGGAGGGGUGGGACGCCUUCCUAAGAGGCCAUUUCGUGCUCUGUGCCCGAGGGAUGGGAAUGAGAUCAGCUUGGAGCGUCUGAAAGGUGGAGUGGGUGGAUGGAUGAAAAGAUGGGAAGAAAGGGUGGCUGAAGCGCGGCCGGUAUCGCCCUUGGCACGGUCGGGGUCCCGCUUGGUUGUCCUGUGGGGUGUCUGGACCUUGUAUCUUGGCAGGAUAUUGGAUCCAGCAUCCAAGUUUAUAUGAAGUUCGCUCCUGUGUAACAAUCCCUAUCACAUGUGAUAUUGCGGCCACUACAGAUUAUACUAAUGCGUGGAGAAAUAUCAGCAUUUUGUGCCGUGCGAGCUUCAUCUUCUGCGGCUACAGACCUGUGACAGUGUGCAUGGCUACACUGAGGUCAGCCAAACCUAUUGGUGUGUUUUGGAUGGCAGCUGUAGUCUCAAUUAAUUGCCAGGUAUCUGUGGAGUCUGGUUGUCUUCAUGACUUCCCAGGGACAUUUAACUGCAUGGAUGCAUAAUACUGAACUAGGUGGCCUUUUGGUCUGAUUCAGCAAAGCAGAUCUUAGAAAGGUGUUUAGGAUGUUAGAUGGAUAUUGGUUUUAAAGUUUUUCUACAUAAACUUGUUCCUGAGGAGCUUGGGGCUUUCUGCUAUUCUGUGUUUGAAAGGAACACUUCUGAUUCUUAUUCUUUUUCACAGGUUUAAGCCAUGGCCAAGUCCAAGAACCACACCACACACAACCAGUGUAAGUUCGCAUAGAGGUCAGGGAGUGAAUAGUGGUCAGUAAUUGUUUAUCAAGGUAUAGUUGGACGCAUGUAGUUAGCAACUCUGAGCAUGCAGAAGAGUUUUAAGUAAUGGUAACUGUAGUUGACCUCUUGAAACAACAUAUAUCUUGAUUAAACUUUCAGUAUUUAUAAGUGAGGGGAUCCACAUCCCUUUACUAACAAUUCCAAAUAACUGGGCGCUGAAAUAUAAUUCAUUGUUUUUGCUAUCAUGUUUUUCAUUUGACUUGCAUAGUGUGCCAGGAAUAACUGGUCUGAUCCAAAAUAACUAUAAGCAAACAUUAAUAUACAUGAAAUCUAGAUUCAAGUUUAAUAAAACUGAAUAUCUGUAUCCUAUAUUUAGUUUGUAAUCUAACUGAAAUUGUAGUGGGUAAACAGUCUCAUAUAGGGCACUCUUAAGUUUUGGCUGGUCCUGCUAGCCAAGCAAUUGUUGUCUGGUUCUUUCCCCUCCCCCAUUGCCUUGAUGGAGGUAAACACAUCCCAAGGAGGCUUCAGAAAACCACUUUCAUUCAGGAAAGUCGGUCAGGGAGUCUGCCAUCUUCAACUGAUGGAGGAAAGCUGAUCAUGCAACAGCUUCAUCCUUGCCAUGGCAAUUAUAAAUGUCAAUGCCUGGCCCCAAAAUUGCCCACAUUUCUUGUGUUUAUCAUAGCAUAACCAGAAUAAUCCCCAGUUUAGCUCUUUCAGGGCUUCCAGAUGAUCCUCAUUUGGAAACCAUCCUUGAAUGUAAUGGUCUCCAACAGUGGUAGGCAAGCAUGUUUUUCUCCCACUAAUAAUAUUACAUGAGUAGUAUCCAUUUGGAGUAAUAGAAGAGCAUGGGCUUCAUUGGCCACUGGGCUUGUGGGUUUAAUUCAAUGUAGGUGUUGUCAGAAGUUGGGGAAAGAAUAGAAGAUUUACAGUUUAGUCCUAACUGCAUACACAUUGGAGUGACACUCAUUCCUUUAAAACAGAUUUCAAGUAAAAAGUAGGCAGGAAUGCACCUUUUAAGAGUGCUGCAGGAUGGUAUUUGUAAGGGUGGCAACAGAGAACAUUUGACAGUAAGUUGACGUUUCCUGCCUCCCAAUGCAAUUUCAUGCCUCAAAGGGAAAGUUAUACAGAGAAAGCACAUGCUUCGAAAACAAGAUCCAAUAGCAUUUGUUUGUAUGGACAUUGAGUGCUUCACGUAUCAAGAGCCCACCAAUUUUGGCCAUCCUUGAUAGAUAGCCAAAACUGGUGCUUACUAGGGACUGGCCAGAUUCAGGAUUUUAACUAGGCACUUCUACACUAGCUCACAGGACUUUGAAAGCCCACAUGUGUGACAGAGGCAGAUAAAGCUAGCCUGGAAUGGUCAUGCUCACUGGAGCUGAUGGGAGUUGUAGCCCAAAAUAUCUGAAGGGCACCAAACUGGCAAAGGGUGAUGGACAAUAUCAACAGCCUUUAUCCUUAAUGUGAAAAUGGUAUCUCUUAACAGCUCGCAAGUGGCACAGAAAUGGCAUUAAGAAACCCAGAUCAAAUAGAUAUGAAUCUCUGAAGGGGGUAAGUGCAUUUUUCCUCAUCAGCACCCUUUUCCUUUUCACCCAUUACUAGUGGGCUUGUAGAGGCCUUGCAUGCUAAGAUUGUAUGAUAACAGAGAAUGACAUUAAGUGUCACUUUAUUUGGAAAUUUUAUGUCAUAAUUUUGCCUGAUUAAUUUAUGAUAGACUUAUUUAGUUAUUUAUUGGUCCUUUUGUAUGAUUUUGCAAUUGUGGUAUAUUGUUUUUCUCUAUUUAUUUUCAUUACAAUGUUCCUCACUGUAGAAUUGAGAACACUGUAAAUUCUGUAAAUAGAUAAAUAAAGUCUGUGUCAUAUUCACUGAAUCUUGCAAAAUACAACCUGCACUUCGUACACUUGAGGCUCCAUCUGCUCUAUACUUUUAAAGCAGUAUCAUACCACUUUGAAUAGUCCUGUUUUCCCCCAAAGACUCCUGGGAAGUGUAGUUUCCUAAGUGCCAAGAGUUGCUGGGAGACACCUGUUCACCUCACAGAGCUACUGAUCUCAGAGUGGUUUAACAAUCAAUACCUCUUCCCAGGAAUCUUUGGGGAAAGCCGUUACUACAUAAAGUGGUAUGGUGAUUGCUUUAAAUGUAUAGUGCAGAGGGGGCCUGAGUUUGAAUAUUACUGGUGUUUUGCUAUAGCCUUUUUCUUAUUUGGCUAUUGUUGAGGAACCUCUUACUACAAGUUGGCUUUAAAAUUCUUAUUUGGAUAGAAAUGAGUGAUACAGAAUAGUCUCUUGGUGCAAUGGAAAAGGGGUAUUCUCGCGGUGAAAGAACCAGCCUGAUAACACUCCUAAACGUCUGUUUCUUCAUUGCUCACAAAUGUUGGAAACUAACCUGCUUGGCAGUUUUUAGAACCUGGAACAGUGCUUUUCUAAUGUCUCUUUUGAAGCAAGUAUUGUCUGCUGUCUAGAGUUUGUGAAUAUAUGCCUAUAUAGGAGAUAUGUUCUUAUUUGCCCUUCUUGCUAGAUGGGCUGCUCACCUACAUUUUGUUUGGAAACUUAUCUUUUUGUUUGCCAGCUAUUACCAAUAGCCACUUAAAUUAUGGCCAUCACCAUGGUUCUUUAUGCGGUUGAUCACAGUACCGUAACAUGAUGUCAGAGACAGAGAUGCAUAAGACUACUGGAAAAGCCGGCAGGUUUGAGCCAGACAGAGCAGGUUGGUGAGCCUGACGAGACCAAAGGGCUGCUUUAUUGAAGAACAGGACUGCCCAGUAGUAUUAUACCUCGGUCAGUUGUCCCACCGUAAAUACUAGGACUUGUACCCAGCUAUAUGAGUUGCUAAACAAAUUAUAUCUCUCCCCCCCUCCCAUUUUCUAGGUUGAUCCCAAGUUCCUGCGGAACAUGCGUUUUGCAAAGAAACACAACAAGAAAGGGCUGAAGAAAAUGCGGGCCAACAACGCUAAGAAUGCCAAGUAACCAGCUUGCCUCCAGAUGGCAAAAGGGACUGACUUGCUUGGCAACUGACUAGCAGUUGUUUUCAUCUUUUCACUCAAGGCGUUUUGUAUAAAUAAAAUUGAGUGUAAUGUGUGG